AGGAGUAAAAUAUUGCUUAAUUAUUAACAUUUUUAUUUACAUAAAAAUUAUGAGAAAAAUUAUAUUCAAAUUAAUGUCCUGUUGCAUGAGUUUUCAGCCACUUAAAGCACUACAAUAAAAAGAAAUCAUUAAUCAAAGUUUAUAUCUUGAGUGAGUAAGAUAUAAUAAUAACAAAUAGCUUUUGUUGGAAAAAAUACGAGAAAAAAUACAAAAUACAAAUACUAUUUAUUAGUAUUUGUAAACUGUAAACUUGGUACUAUAUGAACAAAGGUGUCAUGUUUUAUGCUUGUUUAAUUUGUUUUAACAUGCUUUACAAUAUAAUAAGUAAAAAUUGUUAAAAUUCGUUAAAUACGUUAAAAUUCAAAAGUGAUCUUGAGUUCAAUAUAAAAAAAUUUGUUUUCAUUAUUAUACAAAAUUUCAGAAAUGUCUAUUAUUGUUAAAUGUUGUUCACUUAACACAGAUAAAUUUUGGUUAUUAACUCUUUUAUUCAAUGAAAAAUCAUAAAUUAUGAGAACACGCUGUGUAUUUCGUAUUUCUUAGAGCACUGCAAUUAGCUGUAAAAUUUAUUUUUGUUGUGUAAAUUCACAUACCCAUUAAAUGUUGAAUCUGAUUUAAAUUUAUUUAGUCGGUAUUUAUAAAAGACAGAAUGACCGAUAUUCAAGUAUGGCUUUAAAAUCUACACCAUACUUUGCACAAAAGUUCGUAAUUGUUUCCUAUUUUUAUUGUUUAACUUUCUAUAUAAUACAAUCCUUUAUAAUAAUUGAGUGAUUUUUGAUAUCUCAAAGCAAAAAUGUUAAAAGUAAACUAAGAAGUAUAAGUAUUGUUAAAUACAUAAGCACCUUCUAAUAAUCUUUUAUGAUAUUUAUUAUGUCGUGAAAUGCUUUCCGUAGUAGAGUACCUGAUAUUUUUAUAUUGUAACUUAUUUAAGUUCAAAAGAUUAUAAAUAUUAAUUCGUUGUGAUAGUUCGAUGUGUAGUGUUAAGAUUAUCAAAACACGAAAGAAGCUAUCGUGGAGUAAUUAAUAAUAUUCUUAUGUUAUAUAUUCAGACAUAUAAACUUUAUAUGUAUAAAGAAUUAUAUAUAUAUAUAUAUAUAUAUAUAUAUAUAAAUAAUUAAAAAUAUAUACUACUUCAGGUUUCUUAAUGUAUGCAUACAUAUGUAUCUUUUUAAAUAUUUGCAUAAUUUUGAUUUAUUGUUUGUAUUAAGAAUAAAUCGAUAUUGUAAGUAAUAUAUAAUAUAAUAAUAAAUAAAGAACAUACUAAAAAACAAAAUACAAAAAUAACAUUUACAAAACAAUCUGUUUAAUAUUUGUAAGAAAACACCAAGGAAACACAACGUGAAAACGUUCAGCUUUUUUAUUAUGACGUAACUUAUAAAAAUGCGGAUAAUAUAAAGUUGCCUUUUAUGAGUACAUAUAAAUCUUAAUAUCUACUAUAAUAAUUUUUAAUCUUCCAAGUAAUAAUGUGCCGGAAUAGACAAAAUUAUCAAAAAAAGAAAAACAAAUAUUUUUGGUUCAUAUAAAAUGAAUCUUCAUAACGAUUACUCUUCUAAAUCACGUGGUCAUAUUUCCAUAACACCACAGAUGAUACUUGCAGCGAUAAAAAGACUUCACUUACGUAAAGUUUAUGUUCCAUCGAAUCUCAUUAGCGAAUAUUUACGUGGUUCCUAUCCAGUUGAAAAUAAUGUAAGAAUGUUCACCGAAGAAUUAAAGAGAAAAUUGGAUUGUGCUGUACGUGUUGGAUUAAUAUUAAAACAUGGAGAGGAUUUGUAUUAUUUACCUACUCUAAGGCAAAAAGCAAAUGCACUUAAAACAGCGUUCACUGCAUUUUGGGAGAUAUAUAAAAACUAUCCUAAAUUCCGUAUCUCAAAAGCUAGGAAUCAGAACAAAAAUCAUUUUACAUUAAAGGAACGAACUAAAAACAGGAAAUAUUCCAAAAAUAAUGACAACCAUAGUAAAUAAAGACAUAAUGAAUUUUAAAUGAAACCUUAUUAUAUAGUAGUAAUAGUAACCUUCUGAUCAUAAAGGGGACUC